UUUUUGUGUCCAACGCUUCUUCUAGUUCCCGUGAAAAAUGGCUGCCGUUCAUCACUCUCCCAAUCCGCCCAUCGUGUAUUCCUUCCCAUUUGUCGACAAGCUUGUCGCCUCUCUCGCAGAGUUCAUCAUCAAGGCGCAGCGGGAGUCCAUUGACAAGAAGGGGAAGUUUACCAUCGCCUUGUCCGGUGGAUCCCUACCAAACGCAUUGAAGGGAUUAAUUGGAAAUCCAGGAGUGAAAUGGGACAAAUGGCAGGUAUUUUAUGUGGAUGAGCGCGUUGUUCCCCUCGACAAUCCUGAUUCAAAUCAUCUCGCGUUCACCGAAAUACUGUUCUCGAAGGUCCCCAUUCCUACCAGCCACAUCCAUACUCUCGACCCUUCCCUUCUCGACGAUCUCGAGGAACUUUCCGACGCGUAUGAAAAGGAGCUCAUCAAGGAAUUUGCUCAAAAGGACUCCGCCCGUUUCCCUGUUUUUGACCUCAUUCUUCUCGGUAUGGGUCCAGAUGGACACACAGCAUCCUUAUUCCCCGGUCACGAGUUGUUGGCAGAGGAUGAUCGCUGGGUGGCAUAUCUAGAGGACUCGCCAAAACCGCCAGCGAAACGAAUCACAUUCACCUACCCUGUCAUCAAUCAUGCUGCAAGGGUUGCCUUCUUUGCUGUCGGAGAAGGGAAGGUUGAAAUGUUGAGCAGCGUCUUAGACAAACCGGAAGAAGGUUUGCCAUCUUCGCGUGUCAAACCGGUUUACCCAGGGCAUCUUUACUGGUUCGUUGAUGACCAGGCAGCGGCCAAGUUGGAGUAUCCAAAGACUGCUUUCAAACUUUAACCGGUGUUAGGACAAAGAUAAGGAACAAGAAGUUGUUUAAAUAUGCUAUUCUGUAUUCAUUGCUUACCGAUGUUUUUAUAUGCUCCCUUUAACCAUGCGGUGAUGUUCUUACUUUACUUUAUAAGCAACCUUUGGUUGAAACUAGUGGAAAGUUCUCUUAGUCUAUUGAGUCACAGGCACACUCCAGUCACUCUCAAUCGUACCCAUCUGCCUGCCUACUAAUUCUUUCCAGAUAGGUCUCGAAAUGGGGCC